CCCCUGCCUUCAUUCUCCCUCCGCUUCCUGUGUCAGAGCAGCAGCCAGCGAGUUAUUGUUUUAUUUUGCGAUUACGGUCGGCGUCGCCCGUAACUCAGGGGGCCCUUUUGUGUCGCUCCUCUCCCCUUCUCUUUGAAAGACGCGGCUCCCUGUCUUUCCGGGAAGGUUCUGAUUGAAGUGUGCUAUUUAAAGAGGCGUGCAGAGGAGCAGGGUUGUUUACAGUGCCCUCAAAAUACAGGCUGUCUAGAAACAGGAAGUACCAUCGCCCCGGAGCGCAGCAGCACACGGCGUCAGCCAACAUGCAGCCACUUCCUCCUCCUCCUCCUCCUCCUCCUCCUCCACCUCCUCCUCCUCUCGGCGGAGCAGCGGCUCCAGCAAAACAACCCUCACGCUUAUCAGAGAAUUAUGCACCCCUCCCCUCCGCCGCCCGUCCUCCUGAAUGGCGCACAUACACAGCGAGGCUUUUCACCCCUCCACCAUGUCCUAUCUCGCGUUCUCCUAUUCUCUAAUGCCUGCAGCCCCCCUCUCCCUCCAACUGUCUUUCUUUGCCAGUACAGCAUGCCUGAGUAGCUGCCUGGAGAUGAAGGAGCUAAUUAAUUUGAUUUAGCCCUUCUCCCUCUUUCUCUCUCUCCCUCUCUCUCUCUCUCUCUUUCUCUCUCUCCCUCUCUGGCAGUGGAAAAACCAGUCGUCCGUCCCCACUCCUUCCUCCUCGCCGUAUCAGGCACCCCUCCCAGAUGAUUUUCCACCUAUCCUUUCUAGUCUCCUUUGGCAACGUCCACAACCCGGACCUUCCUCUCCUCCUCCUCCUCCUUCGCUUUUUUCUCUUUGCUGUUACACAACCAUAUUUUGCCAGCUGUUUAUGUCAUGUCAGAUUGAUUGUAAAUGCCCACCUCUCAUGUGGUCCAUCUAAAUCCCCCCUCCACCCCCCAACUCCCUCCCCUUCUCCAUUUUUUUUUUUUUAUUCAUUUAUUUAUUUUUUUUAAAGCAGCAUUUUAUCUCCUCUGUGCCGAGGGACGGUUCGUGUGACUCAGCAGCAGCAGCAGCAGCGUGUCGGCGCUCACGCAAAAAACUUGGCCUUUUACAGCUCGGCGUGUCCCGUCGCACGUCUUGCGGGUGAAACACCUUCGCCGUCACCUUAUACCGAACGCGGGGCUGUUGAGUUGUAUCAGGCGAGCUCAACACGGCUUGUCAGUACAAGGCUUUGCCGUCGUUAAGCAUGCGACACGUAGUCUGAACUUUGGCAGGCGGUGGACAUCUAUCUGCUCAGGAUGGCCUCUGCGUGGUGUGUGUUUCAGGCCUCUCGGUGCAGCCCUGCAGGAAAGGAGGAGGGUGGGGGGUGGGGGCGCAGUGUUGAAUCCUCGAACUCCUCUGCUGAGAGUUUCUCCUUGACUGGUCUGGUUUCAUGCGUUUGAAGGAGAAAUGUUUUGUUCUCGACUCGUUUUUUGAUCCCCUUUCAUUUUUUUUUUUUUUUUUAUCGCUCAAACAGAAGUCUACUUGCGAGGCCACUCGCCCGGAUGAAUAACUGCGAUAGUUGUGACCAUUUCGACCGAAUGAUGGUGCAGAUGCAGAAUUACGGAGUAAUUCAUGAGUAAAAAUCAGUGUCUGGAGAUACAUAAAUCAGCCACAAUGCUGUAAUCAGUCAAGGGAACAUUUUGUCCACAAAGCUGUGGUGUUCACCUCCCGAGACCCAAGCAUUUGUUUGGAACAACGCAUCUUAAAAAGUCUAAAAAAACAAAACAAAACAAAAAUUAUCUUUGCACAGAAACUAGUUUUUUAAAAAACAAAUAUGUGGAUUAUUUCAGUGUAUAUUACAAUUUAGGUCACUUCAAGUGAACCGAAAUAUAAAACUGCUUCUUUUAACGCAAAAGCAGAAUUGGAAAUGAUGAAUUCCCAACGUCCUCAAACGAGUGCGUGUGAAUUUGUUAAAUCUGUGUGUCACACAGCAUAAGUAAACAAGUUUAUUGACCCUUCACUGCCAGUACAUGGCAGACAAAAGUGUCCCCGUAUGGGGACGCUGGGUCUCAAGAGGUUAAAAAGGAGGGGAAAAAAUCAUCAAGAGGGAGGAUUAGAGUGGCAUAGGGCAAACUUUUGUUAGAUAUCUGGGUCAGAGCAUCUCCAAAACUGCAGCUCUCGUGAGACGUGCCCGGUCUGCAAGCGGCCUAUCAAAAGUGGUCCAAGAAAAGGAAAACAGUGAACAACUAAUAGGGUUGCGGGCAGUGGAGAUUUUUUUAGAGGAAGCCAAAUUAGACAAAAACUCAAAUCUGUAUGCUUUUUGGGGGUUGGUCAAAUAUCAACACAAACUUGCUAAUCUCGCGUUAUUUUAUUCAUUGGCUUGCUGAUGACGGUACUGUUUGGCCCAACUGCGCUUCUCUUCAGACAACAGUGCAAUACCGCAUUUGGCCACGCAGCGUUUAGAGGGGCGCUGUUUUACGCAUUGUAAUAAGGGACAGACGAAGUGACGCAACGGAAAAUUGCCCGAAACUGUUAAGAAAAGUGUUUUUAUUUAAUGUCAGCUGCAGUUAUAAAAAAAAAAAAAAAAAGGAGAGGAAGAAUGGCUUCCCUUGGCCUCCAGGAGAAAUGCCACUGGUUGUUGGGCCGUCAAGGCUCCGUGAUGGUGCGCAAAGAACGACCCAACGGACGAGCUAAGUUACCGAAGCUAACCACUGAAAAAAAGUUGAUGCUGCUUGUGAUAGAAAAGCGUCUCACACUGCAUCACAUUUUUUUUUUUACAGUUUGUUGCGUAUUGGGUUGUGUAGCUGCACACCAGUGUGAGGGCGUCCUUGUUGACCUCUCUCUGCUGCUGAAAGUAUCUACAAAGGCAUGUUAUCGUGAGAACUGGAACAGGCCUGGUCUGAUGAACUGAUUAAACUGAUGACUGGGUGCAUACAUGUCAUUUAUCUGGAGAACUUAUGGCACCAGAACGCAAGGGACAACGUCUUUACCAAUGCCAGGGUGGACGUGUUUGCUCUGCAACAAUGUCCAGGUGGUGGCACGUCAUGAGAUCACUGAUUGGUGGUCUUAAUGCAGUGGCUGAUCGGUUCAGUAUUUUAUUGAUGAUUAAUUAUUUAAAAACAAAACUAUAUUUUUAACAUUUAACACCAGUUUGCACGGGCAAACGAGCAGACCGAGGAAGAACAAUCUGCUCGAAACGUGUGCAGUGAGAGUUCUUCCUGUGGGAGCAUUUAUUUAUUUAUUAAUUUAUUUAUUUUUGCAAAGAUUUUCUUUUGCACUUUAUCGGAUUGUUGCCCUGAUAUUUCAUUUUUUUGUAAACAGCAGACAAGCGUUAGCCGAGGACAUGUUCCCGCACGUUCGCCUCUUCCCAUGUCUACUGAGGUUUCAUCAAGUUAUUCACAAUACCGCCCCUGUGUCUGUGAGACAAUGCUCGGGGACUAAACACCCUUUCGUGUCUGUCGACGCACGUAAACAUCUGUCAUGGACAUCAGCCCCGAGCCCGCGAGCUCUCGAGGAACGCGCGAGCCGCUGCUUCCCUCCCUGCGUCCGCAAACGUCUUGUGUCUCUGCUUGCAGGCCGCCAGACGCAGGGCUCGUCUCGUCGCCCUCGCGAAGCCACCGCUACCUCUUUAAGAAGCCGCUGACAUCCGAACUCCUCCAACGCUGUUCGACUGCCCACUUUGAUCUCAGUCCAAGUCAGCUGGAGAGCAGGUUAGUCAUCCCUUCCCCGAGAUCGCUGAGGAUGUUUACUAAAGCUUGAACGGGCCUCCGGAUAUAUGUGGCCUACACAUUUCAGGUGCACUGAAACCAAAGCCGCCCCGUGUGCAGGCGUGACUCACGACUGAGCUGACCAGGACGGUGAACUUUCAUUUCCCGCGUCAUGCAAGAUGACGGACUCACUUGGCUUUUCUUCUGCGGCCACAAACCACAUGUAGCAGAUUUCGGGGGCUGGUCAUGGUGUCCGGUGAGAAGGUGUGGGACCCCCUCCGUGCGGGCCUUGUUCAGUCACAUCUGAGUGAGCGGCGCCUGGCUCCAGGGCUAAUUCCCUUCUGCAACCCCACACUUACCGUGACCAAGGACACCACAUUCCACCCAAGUCAGUUGGUGUCACCUUUGUCUUCCCUGCCACUGUCACUAGUGGCUCUGAACACCCUCCACCCGGCUCGAGUCUCCUCGCCCUUGCAUUCCCCCGUCGAUUUGUGCGGCUCGAGCAAAAUUGAAGGACGACGCAAACCCGCUCGCUGUUUGUGCGUGGACUCUCAGCCUGAAGAGGAGGAGGAGGAGGAGGAGGAAGUGGAAGCUGAGCGGUCCGAGAUGAAGGGCAAAAGGCUCGGGGGCCGAGGAGAGGCCGCCAUGGACGACAGGCUGGAGGACAUGGGUGAUGGACCUAAAAAUGCAAAAAUCACCCUAAGCUUCCCACUUAGCGCCGCCCCGCUACCAACCUCUCUGACAUCGCCGACCCACUGUCACAGUUCCUCGUCGUCCUCCUCUUCUCCCCACAGACGGCGACCAUCCUCCAAGAGCUCGGACAAGGGAUCACUGUGGAAACUGGAUGCCACCAUGGACGUAAAGCACAGACCUUUUAAGCCCCCGAGACAUGACAGCUCUCCGUCCUCCUCCCCCUCCUCCUCCUCGUCUCCCAUGACUGUUCAUGCACUGAUCAGGAAAGAUAUAAAAUCCCCGCCUCCUCUGAAGUGCUCCAAGCUCAGUUCAGAGACCCAGUUUCACAGGUCGCCCCCGAGAUCCGCCGCUGGGUCUCUGGGGGGCUGUUUUGGCGGAGAUGGAUGGGAUGAGAGGCACAGGGUGGCCAACGGUACGGCCUCGCCCUCUCAGACUGCCCAGAUCCUCUUUAGCCUGGGCGCGUCGGCCUAUCAGAGAGGUGGGGACGCAGAGAAGAGAGAGAAAAUAACAGGAAGACCAGCUGGUAAAGUGGGGAGCCCUCACGGACCAAGCCUUCACCCACCCACGCUCCACCUCCCCCCUCCCUUACCGCCACCACCCCCUCCCCCCUCCGAGGGUCUUACUGCGCCUCCCCACUCAUCCUCCUAUUCUCCUACUGACAGCCUGAAGCCCGAGUUGAUAUGCGGGGUGUGCCACCGGCUCUUCAGUUCAGCCUCUUCACUUACGGUCCACAUGCGGCUGCAUCGUGGCAGCCGCGCCCUCAGUUGCCAUUACUGUGGCAAAGUCUUCAUCCACAGCAAAAGACUGCAAUCCCACGAGGCCUCCUGCAGGGUGCCAGGCCUACCCUCUAACAGCCUGCGUCCUCCUCUCGCUGUACAGCCGAAGGAGGAGCCGUUGGAGGAGGGCGAGGUGAGAGUGGAGGGGGGAGUGAUUGUGGGAGAAACAGACAUCAGUAAGGCGCGGCCAGGGAAGAAGGCACGGAGCCUCCUGGCGCGUAUCCAAGGUGAUGCUGCAGCAGACACAGAGCUACUGGCGGGCGAUGAGAACCAUUUUGUGAAGGUGGUGGAUGGCAAUGUCAUUUACUUCUGCUCUGUGUGCGAGCGAUCCUACAUGACCCUGUCCAGCCUGAAGCGCCACUCUAAUGUGCACUCGUGGCGCCGCAAAUAUCCAUGCCAUUAUUGUGACAAGGUCUUUGCCCUGGCUGAGUACCGCACUAAGCACGAGGUGUGGCACACCGGAGAGCGGCGAUACCAGUGCAUCUUCUGCUGGGACGCCUUUGCCACCUACUACAACCUCAAAACGCACCAGAAGACCAUUCACGGGAUUAACCCCAGCCUCAUCUCCAGUGAAAAGACAGCCAACGGGGGUUAUAAGCAGAAAGCGAAUGCCCUCAAGCUUUACCGCCUUCUUCCCAUGCGCUCCCAGAAGAGACCCUACAAGACGUACAGUGACAGUUUGCAUAAUGGUCUGCUGCUACCGCCGACUGAAACACCUUCCCUCUCUCUGCCCGGCCUGGGGUGCGCUCUGGGCCCCGGGGACCUACAAAGCCUCAUCGGUGGGGCCCACCCUCAGAGUGUCAAGCCUGACCCAGAUGCCUUCCCUGAUGGCUUCCCCGUCUCUGUGACUGCUGAACACAGGGACCUCUCUGCACUAACACCCCUCCCCCAAAUGGACGUGUCCCACGUUAGAAAACAUGAGAGUGAGGCCCUGGAGUCGGAGCAGGGGAGAGGCAGUGGCAGCUUCAAAAUGUCCCACAGCAGCAAAACCAAAACUCUCAAGCCUGGUAGAGGCACAGAGUCAAGCAUGCCUUCUGUGAUUACGUAUGGCCAUACGAAACCCUCCGUCAUCGUUCAUGGGACAGCAGUGUCGUCCUCUGUCAUCGUGCAUAGCAACCAGGUUACCUCUGGGAGUGAAAAGAGUCCAACGAACAGCCCGUUCCCGGAAACAAGCGACGGCCAGACUUUACACAAGGGCAGUUCCAGGCCAACCAAAAAACAAAGGGAAAGUACAGAUAAUCACAGAAAGAGGUCAAGAGACGGUUCAGAUACCACAGAGGAGGGCUCGAGAAGCAGGCACGAUGCAGACACGGGCAGAUUAUUUCACAAAUCACGCAAGUCCCACAGCAAAAGUGACAUAUCCAGCUCAAAGCAGCUGUCAGCAUCUGUCGGGUCACAGAUCAAAGAGGCAGGGCCACUGUGUCAGAUCACCGUGCGCAUCGGUGAGGAGGCCAUAGUGAAACGCAGCAUCUCUGAAACAGACCUUAGGAGAGACAAGAGCCUUUCUCCCCCAAAAACCAAACGCAGCGAAACAUCAUCUGUGCGUGACACCAAGGAACCACGUCACUCUCACUCCCACCACCAUCACCAUAGACACCGCCUCCAAAGCAGAGGCAGCCUGGAAGCAGAGGGUGAUAAGGAAAGAGGAGAGUGUGAGGAGGAGGAGGACGAGGAGGAGGAAGAGGAGGAGGAGGACGUCAGGAAAAAGAGCUCCAAAUCCCCCGACGAAGUGAGGGAGUACUACUUCCGCCGGGAGGUGCGCGAGCAGGACAGUGACCACGACACGGAGGAUAACUUAUGGCGGCCGUACUACUCUUACAAGCCGAAGAGAAAGGCCCAAGCACAUCUACAGAGGGUGAAGAGCUGGCAGAGAAAGCUCAAGUACAAGCGCUCCAUUCGGCUGAAGAGGAGGGCAGAGAGAAUUAAGAGCGCUGUGAAUAAAGAAACAGAGAAAUCCCAAAAUGAAGAGGAGGAUAGGACAACUGAGAAGGCUGAAAAACUCUCAAAAGCUAAAACAGACAAGGGAGAAGGGAAAAAGAAAGAUUAUCCCUCAGCUCUCUUAGAGGAGGAAAAUAAAGACACAGGAGAGCAGGUUAAAGAGGCCCGUCAUGAGGUCUCCUCCCCUCCUCUGCUCUCUCCAAAGCCUCCUCUGUCUACCUCAGUGGCUCCUACAGGAAUAAAGAGACGGCCUUGGACAAACGGGAACGCAGCGGAGUGCGGUACAUGUGGACGCUGGUUCUCAAGCCCCAGGAAGCGAGACAAACACGAACUUAGCCAUCUGCUGGAAUUUGUGUGCCUCUUCUGUCGAGCGACUUUCCCCUCAAGAGACAAGUUGGAGGACCACCAGAGAGCCCAGCACCCUAAGCCUACAGAGGCACCGUCUGCACCCCCUAAAGUUGCACUUGGGGACCAAGUUGAAGGGGUUGGGAUGAAAUCUGUGUCGGAGGCAGCAAAGUAUGAUGAAGAUAAAGGAGUGGGAGGAUGUAACUCCAGCCCGAGUCGUCUAAGCAGGAGAGCGUUAUCGCGGCACACCUGUCCACAGUGUCACAAGGUGUGCAAGACGUCUUCAGCACUAACUCGUCACAUCCGACGUCACGAGUUGAGCAGCUCUCCGGAGAGAGACAAGGAAGAUAAAGACCCAGAACCAAAAAAAACACAGACAGUUGUUCAUGCUCCCGGCACAGACCUGGAGACCGAAAAAGCACACGUCCCCAGUGCUCUCUCCGUUUCCGUCAUCAGCUAUUCGACCCCUGAGCCGCCCGGUGCCGGCGACUGUUUGGCAUCGCAGCAGCACGCAGACCAUCUCAGUGAACUCGCAGAUAAACAUCACGUGUUAGAAUCCAGAGACAAACCCCAGCUAACAGAGCUCACACUUCCAGCUCCGGCGAGAGAGGACAAACCACAAACUGCGGCCCCUCCGUUGGACAGCCCUAUUAACCUUACGCCCUCUAAACACGACUUCAUGCCUGCCACGCCCUCCACCCUCCAGAGUGUGCUCGUCAUGAAUGGGCCCGAAUGUCUCGACUACCGGACCCCCAGCAAAAAGCACUUAGACAACCACGUCCACAGAAUACCCAGCCCUGCGCACAUCGUGGCAUCCACCAACACCUCUCCAAAUGUGCCCGUGACGUCACAGACCAGAAUAACCACUGCUGCUCCUCCUGUUUCCAUGGCAACAGCUCCCACUUCUGAGGGGGGAUUCGCGAAACGGGAUGGGGUCAUUAUGGACAGAGAGAGGCAGGGUGGGAGUGGUAUGUUUCUGCACGCGGGUUACGAGGAACCGCCCCUGGUCCACGAUCUCAGAGUCCAGUCCGUGUCCAGGAGUCCCUCUCCCGGGGAAGCACAAGACCUCACCAUGUCCUCCAUACUAGCCAGGGAGAGAGAGAUAGAGAGGCAAAGAGAUAAAGAGAGGGAGCUGGAAAGGCUGAGAGAAAGGGAAAGGGACAAAGAACUUGAGAAAGAAAGAGAGAAAGAAAUAGAGAGAGCCCAGCAAAUCAGUAGAGUCGCUCACGUCCCGGAGGACCAGAUAACACUUUUGGUCCCGAAAGAGGAGCCCCUGAGCCCUGUACCUUCUCCCCAACAUAUCCCCAGUCAAACCACUAUGAACGGAUUCUCUUCGCGCAGGCACACUCCCAAGUCCCCCUGCCGGUCCCCCUCAACUAUCGGACUGUUAGCCCAAGCCAACCGCCAGGUCCACUCCAGUUCGCAAGGACUCGACAGGCUCACGCUGCCCUCCGGAGCAGCUGCUUCCGGCGACCGGCCCUCCGCCCACGCUCUGCUUCUUCCCCGAGCCCCGCAACCACCUGAGCCGGAGCACCAGGACACCGUUUCUUCCAGAGAUUCCCAGCAAGGGAAUGUCACCCCGGUGGGCUACGCCGCCCAGGAUUACCCACUACCCCUCAUUGUGCCGGACAGUUACCGCUCUGGUAAGAAGCAGGAGGACAACCUGCUCAUGUCCACCUAUCCGCCUGGAGCUCUUCCCUUUGGACCGUUGGGGAAAGUCAUGGUUCCUAAUGGCGGGGACCUCGCCAAGCUGCCGUUCUAUCCGGACCCUUACCAGCUGCUCUACGGGCCCCAGCUCUUGGCCUACCCCUAUAACUUGGCAGCACUUCCUGUGGCUUUGAAUAUGAUGGCGCCCGGGGGAGACAAGGUGGAACCUCUGCCGUUCCUCCCUGCCAUCUUCAACUACGCAGCUGGGCCCUACAUGGGCGCAGCCCCGCACCCGCUGGUGUCGAACCCCAGCCUGUACAGCAGCAGCGGCGGCGGCAGCAAAAAGCAGCGAGACAGCAGCGGCAGCAAACCGUAGGACACGGAAGGACUAUGAGGAAUAUAAUUCAAAGUGGACGACCUCAGCGGUUUAGGCUGGGAGUGGGAGGGCUGCGUGCUCACGAGGUCACUGACUACACUUGCACAGAAACCCUGCCUCUCCUUUAUUCAGUAGAGACCAGAGCAUCGCGGGAGGAGUGCGAAAGGAGGAGAAGGAGCAAAGACACAGGGAGGAGAGACCAAUGUUGUAGUGACUUAUCAUUACUCCCCUAUCUUUACUCCUGCUCACCUUUCCGUGCACCUCUCCCGUCCGGCUGUAGUUCGUUGUAGUUCUUAGAGCUUGAUUAAUCUUCCUCUCUGACUCAUCAUAUUAUCUAUAAUGUAAGAAUAAGAAUCGCUAACAGGGUGUGUGUUGUGUGAAAAUUAGUUCAGUCUACUUCCCUUUAUAGUCACCGCAUAACGAGGAUAAACGCUCUUCAGGGAGGGCUCGGGUGGACGAGGAUAAGGGAUAGAGACGGAGGAGUCUUUGCUCACCACAGCUGGACGUGGAGAAUUAAGCAACCUUGUGUAUUUUUGUAUGAGUGAGUGGGAAUUCAGGUGUAUCCUGUUGUUAUAUAUGAGCAUGAACAUGCACAUGUAUUUGUGUGUGGAAGAGUUGGGCUUAAGCAGGUAUUAUGAGAGAACGAGUGUGUAUGUGUCACUCUGUAUGUGUGUGUGUGUGUGAUGGAAUAAGUGCACGAAUGGGUAGAUGAUUCCUUGUGAGACGCACACAGCAUUCCUACUCCAGUUGGGAUAGCUACUGUAGGUCAACGUGUAGAAGUGCAUUUAGAGGCGAUUCUUCAUAUCCAAAUCAUUAAGAAGUCAAAGCUGUGGCUGGACGCGAGUCUAUGACAAUGACAGAUCAUCUGGGCUUCUGAGGUCUCAACAAACCUGGCGACUCCGUGACCAGAUGACACUGUAGGAUCUGUAUAGCAUUCACCAUAGUUUAUACCUUAUGUGCACAAAAUAGUAGUCACUUAAAAGGGGACACUUGUAGCUGCUUUGGAAAUGUAGCUGGCCACUGGGUAAGACUUAAAGGCUGGUAGAACAUUGCACUUCCGUUUUUCAUCUCAUUUCCUUUUAGUUUCAGAAAAAAAAAGGAAAAGAAUUUAAAAAAAAAAAAAAAACAGUCGGCCUUCAUCUUGUGUAGCCUUUUCCUCUUUGAGCGAAAGAGGAAAAGGCUACAUUUCCUAAGCCAGGAACAAGAAAGCGACAGCUAAGAAGGAAAGAAAAAAAAAUGGAUUCAGGGUUAUUGAGUUAUUUCUGGAUAGGAAGAUAAAUACAUGGGCACAAAACUGUUGGACUCUGAAUCAGAAGGCGCCACAGAAAUGAUGCUGGGGACAAAAAAAAAAAAAAAAAAGUCCUUUUCCACAACUGAGAGAAGAUUGGAAAAAGUCUGAACUCAUUCCCUUCCUGUCCCAUGUAAUUUACCAAGUGGUAGGAAAAGGCGCUUAGCAGCCAAAGUGGUGGCCGAAAACUCUCCAGAUGCCCACUUGGGGAACCUUUUUUUUUAUGUGGUCUGUUAUCUCUAUAUGUUUGUUCUGUUAAAAUAUGUUGUUGUUUAUGUUGUUUAGCCCUCUUACCAGAUGGAAGUGGCUUCAGUGAAAAGGGGGAGUAAACUUAAAAAUAUGAAUGUAAAUUUAGUCAUGAGGUUAAUGAAGUACAGCUGCAUUAAUGGUAGAGUUGGUUUCUGUUCCUUUUUUGUUUCUGUUUUGACACUAAUAACCUGUUAAAGAACCGUAUAACGUCUGGUAUGCAUAUAUACAGUAGUCCUAGGAACAUGUCAGUAAACUUGGGUUCUGUAUCCACAAAGCAUGAGCAACACUUGCUUCCUAACCGUUUAUAUCCUCAGCAAAUCUGGCAUUGUGCGCACAGCUUUUGUUUCCUCUUAAAUUUUCUGGCCUUUUAAUCUUCCAUAUCUCUGUUAUUUUUUUUGUUUUUAUUUUAUUUCAUGAAGCGCUGUUUAAAAAAACAAAACAACAAAAAAAAAACAUUGCACAAAAUUAGCUGCCAUAUUUACGACUCAGUCGAUGUUUAAUUGACCCUGUGACGUUGGGCUUCUGAUUGGUCGGAUGUCCACCAAUCGGAGGCCCUCACUGCUUGUCCCGACUUCCCAUGUUACUGUCGCUAGGUGAGACGAAGAAUAACUGCUGAUAAACGUUGAAAACCCGUAGACUUGGUCAGCGUUGAAUCUUGCAAUUCUGAUUAUUAAAAAGUGCGGAAAAACCAAGUCGAGAAAAUAACCAAACGUAAAAACUAGACGAGUAAUAUUUCUUUGUCUUAGCACAGAUGCUAACGUUACCUGUCUCACCUCCGUUAUUACAGAUUUUAUUUAUUUAUAUAUAUAUAUAUAUAUAUAUUUUGUAUAUGGGAUUGUGCCCCGACAUUUGUUAUUGUUUGUCUAACGUAGCAACAGUAACCUAGGAAGUAAGGACAAGGGUAGCAGCUUUCUGAUUGGUGGUUACCAGACCAAUCAGGAGGCCGACAAACGGUCAAUCCUCCCUCAAAGUAAACACUGCACCUUCUGAAUGAAGUACAUAUGUUUCAGUGUGAUGUGUGUGAUGGUACUGGGGCGCCUACGUUGGAGUGUUGAAAACACAGUGUGACCGACUGCAGGGGCGCAAGAGCAUCCCCUCGGGUGUGGUUACAAGCCUUUUUUUUUUUUUUUUUUUUUUAAACGUGCUUGGGUACGUGUUUUGUGUACGAGAGACUGCGUGAUGAAGAGAAACCAAAAUAAAUCUGCCUAAGCAGCAUAUCCCUCGGCAGUAAAUGGGCCACUUGUUAUUAUUUUUUUUUUUUUCUUUUCUGUGAGUUAGUUUCAGUGUAAAAAAAAAACAAAAAACUAAGAAAAAAAAAAGCCGUUCUGUCUCCAAUACACACUCUCACAAGCCAUUCCUGUACACGGACAUGUUUGUGUUUUUUGGACCAUUUCUUAUGCCAUAGUUUGCCGUCAUGGUUACCAUACAGACCAAAAGCAUGCAAAUCGACGUAUUGUAGUGACUGGACUGGAAUCUGGUGGUAAUAUACAACUAUUUACUGUAUGUUUUAGUUUAAAUGAAUGUGCCUCUGCUUUGAUAUUUAAAUAAUUAUCUAUAGGAAGACGUGGACCUGCCAGAUUUCAACUGCUAAAGGUGCCUUGUUAUGGCAUAAGAAAUUUGAAAUGAGCGUUUUGUUGAGAAAUGACAGUUUGGUUUGGAGAUAGAGUUCAUGGCUUUGUUCGCUAUGAAGCUGUUCAUAGACGUAGGAGUGUGGCUAAAUCGUUUUGGUAUCGUGUACAUGUCUAGGGUAAUACUGUGCCAUAUAGAGCCCACAAAAAUAUGUUAAUGUUAUUUUUAAAAGAUGUUUUAAUGUUGCCUGAUGACUUUGUCUUUAGAUUUGAUACAAAGGCUUGUAGCCACAGCUCUCCCAAAGUCUGUAGUCUCCUCUUUUUCCGACAUUCUUCUCUCUCUUUCUCUGCCUCCCUCCCUCCCCUUGUUUCCGUCUCCCCUUCCUUCUCUUUGCUGCAAUCAAACAAAAUAAAGUAUUAACCUGAUGACCCAAUGAAA